AUUCACCUUGAUUCACUGAGAAACCGCAGUCACUCGCCGUGGUGUUGACUCAUCAUUGGGCACGGACCCCAAUUGCCCCCCAAAAAUGAGUCCAACGACCCCGCCACGCCCGCCACCGCUGAUAAGAUAAAAAAUUCGAAAAUCCCGGGCGACGAUGGAGGGGCAGAGGGCUACUCAACGUCCACGCUCUAAGCAACCUACUGUUUCUACCUUGAAUAGCCUCGUGCCAACACCAAGCCACAGACAAGCUACAUCACGAGCACCGCCAAUCCAAAGGAGAAGCGCUCACUAUGGCUUCCAACGAGUCUCCCGCUGCUCCCCAUGAGCCCCCCUAUACAUACCGCCCCAACCAGGGCUACGAACAGACCGAAGACAUCCCCGCCGAGCUGAGAACCGUGCCACACGAUGCCGCAGGCCAGGAAGAAGACGAUGACGACUUGGAGGACGUCUUUGGCGAGGAUGAAGAGAUUGACGACGAGGACUGGACUGCCGAUUCUGGCGAUCUGACAAAGUCCUACAACCGCCAGCGCAUGUUCAACAGCAACGACAAUGCCGUCCCUCGUUCCAAUGUCCAAAGACCGACCGCCAAUACCAAGUCGAGCGUCGACGACCAGAUCACAGCACUCUCCAAGCAUGCUGCCAAGAUCAGAUUGGAUAGCGUCAAGGAUACCGAUGAGAAGAGCAAGGACAAGGCGGAUCGUGCGACAAGUGAGCAGGUUCUGGAUCAGCGUACGCGCAUGAUCCUGCUGCAGAUGAUCAACCGCGGCAUCGUCAGUGAAAUUCACGGUGCCAUCAGCACUGGAAAAGAGGCCAACGUCUACCACGCCAUUUUGCAUCCCGAGGGAGACGGUCCCAAUGUUCAGCGCGCCAUCAAGGUGUACAAGACAUCGAUUCUCGUUUUCAAAGAUCGCGAAAGAUACAUCGCUGGCGAGCACCGUUUCCAGAAGGGCUUUGACAAGAGCAGCAACAGAAAGAUGGUCAAGCUGUGGGCUGAGAAGGAGUUCCGUAACUUGAGGAGAAUUCACGCUGCGGGUAUCCCGUGCCCAGAACCCAUUAGCCUGAAGCUGCACGUUCUGGCCAUGGGUUUCCUUGGCGACAAGAAGGGAUGGGCGUAUCCCCGUCUGAGAGACGCCAACUUGACUGGUGAUGACGUCGAAGAGCAGUGGAGGUCACUGUACGUUCAGCUGUUGGGCCUCAUGCGCCGGAUAUAUCAGAUUUGCAGGCUCGUCCACGCCGAUUUGAGCGAGUACAACAUCUUGUACAAUGCCGGAAAGCUGUACAUCAUUGAUGUAUCCCAGAGUGUUGAGCCCGAUCACCCGCGGGCGUUGGAGUUCCUGCGCAUGGAUAUCAAGAACGUUGGCGACUUCUUCAGGAGAAAGGGCGUCGAUACGCUCAGCGACCGCAGCAUCUUUGAUUUCAUCUCUGCGACGGACGGUCCUGUCGAGGAGCCCGCCCUGGGCGAGGCUAUCGAGCAGCUUUACACCAACAGGCCCGCGGACAACGAGGAGGCUGCUGCCGAGCAAGAGGUUGACAACGAGGUUUUCCGGAAACAGUAUAUUCCCCAGACCCUCGAGCAGGUCUACGACAUUGAGAAAGAUGCCGCCAAGAUCGGGCAGGGUGAUGGUGAUAAGCUUGUCUACAAGAACCUUUUGGCCGACACUGUCGUCAAGGAUGAAGACAAUGAAGAGGAAGAGGAGGAGGAGACAUCAGAGGACGAGUCAGGCAGCGGAGCUUCUCUGGCUAGUGGCGAAGAGGACGAUUCCAAGUUUGACAAGGGCCGGCCUAGGGGGCGCAAGCACGAGGACAAGGAGGAGAAGAAGGCAAGUCACAUCGCGUGGUAUACGAGGAGUAGCGUUACUAAUACAACAUAGCAACACAAGCAAGCGGUCAAGGAGGCUAAGCGCGAGAAGCGCAAGGAGAAGAUUCCCAAGAGCGUCAAGAAGAAGCUCGUCUCUGCGUCGUCAAGAAAGAAGCAUUAAUCUGCUGAAUCGUGGACGAAAGCAAGCGAGCCGCAUGGGCUCCAGCGAGGAUAGGUCUGGCGGCGGAGGACAUUUCUAUGUGUAUGCAAUCGGGUGAUGAAGACUCGAUCGGCCACCGACGGGCGGGAAUCUGUGUUUUGGCUCUUGCGCCGUAACCGCUCCUCCCCCGUCAUCACUG